UCAGUCUGUCACUUGGCUCCAGGCACCUGACAGGAAAACACAAUGGUUCCUGAUGUCAGACGCCUGACAGCUAUAUAUGAAUGGGCAGGUAGAACAUCCUGAAGAACAGACCACUAUUUCUCUCUCUCUCUCUUCCUCUGUAUCUCUCUCUCUUUCUCUCUCUUUCUCUGGAUACAAUCCACAGCCCUUCCAGCCCCAGUGAGGCAUUCUGCUGAGUGGACACCAUGAGCACUUCAGUGGCCGUGUACAGGAAUAUCUACACAGAGGACCGGUUCAGACAGACCUACGGUACAGAGGCUCAGCCCAGCGGGAAAGCUGGGCUCAGGGAGACGCUCUCCAGACCCUGCAGGUGUUCCCGGGAUACCUGCCUCCACCUGCUGAAGGAACGGGUGCCCGUCGUCAGCUGGCUGCCAAAGUACAGACUCAGGAAAUGGAUUUUAGGGGACACUGUAGCAGGGUUAACUGUGGGCAUACUGCACAUUCCUCAGGGAAUGGCGUUUGCUUUAUUAACAUCAGUGGCUCCAAUUUAUGGGCUUUACACCUCAUUCUUCCCUGUAGUGCUUUACAUGCUGUUUGGAACAGGGUGCCAUGUCUCCACAGGUACAUUUGCUGUGGUGAGUCUGAUGACCGGCUCGGUGGUGGAGCAGCUGGUCCCCUCUCCUCCUGCUCUGAACUCCAGUAGCCCGGAGGCUGCAGAGUUAGAGGCUCAGAGGAUCGGCGUGGCUUCAGCCAUAGCUUUCCUAUCAGGAGUGAUGAUGCUCUGCAUGUUUGGUCUGCAGUUGGGCUUCCUCUCCACAUACCUAUCAGAGCCCAUUAUUAAGGCCUUCACCAGCGCAGCCGCCUUCCACGUGACGAUCUCACAGCUGCAGAGCAUGCUGGGAUUACGGCUUCCUCGCCACACAGGCACUUUCUCUCUCUUCAAGACGCUGGCCUCAGUGUUGGAGAACCUGCCCCACACUAACCUGGCUGAACUGCUGAUCUCUCUGGUCUGCUUAGCUGUGCUCAUUCCGAUUAAAGAAGUGAACACACGCUUCCGCCAGCACCUCCGCACACCCAUCCCUGUGGAGAUCCUUACAGUGAUAAUUGCCACAGGCGUUGCUUAUGCCUUCUCUCUGGAUUCCACCUACGAUGUACAGAUUGUGGGUCACAUUCCAGCAGGGUUCCCUCAGCCUCGGCUGCCUGCUUUGCACACGGUGCCAGACAUAGCUGGAGACACAGUCGCCAUCACUUUUGUAGGCUAUGCUGUGUCUGUGUCUUUAGCAAUGAUUUAUGCUGACAAGCAUGGCUAUUCCAUUCACCCAAACCAGGAGCUUCUUGCACAUGGGAUUUCCAACACAGUGUCUUCUCUCUUCACCUGCUUUCCAAGUUCAGCCACUCUGGCCACCACUAAUAUCCUGGAGAGCGCUGGAGGAUACACACAGCUCUCAGGCCUGUUCACGAGUCUGGUGGUGUUGGUGGUGCUGCUGCUCAUUGGUCCUCUUUUCUACUUCUUACCCAAGGCAGUGCUUGCUUGCAUAAAUGUGACCAGCUUGAGGCAGAUGUUCCUCCAGUUCCAGGACCUUCCAGAUCUGUGGAGGGUCAGCAGGAUUGAUUUUAUGGUGUGGUUGGUGACCUGGCUGUCCGUGGUGGUGCUCAACGUGGAUUUGGGUCUGGCCAUCGGAGUGGUUUUCUCCAUGAUGACGGUUAUCUGUCGGACGCAGAGGGCUGGCUGCUCAGUUCUGGGCAGAGCGUCCAACACAGAGAUCUACCGACCCAUCAACAAUCACAAUAAGUGUUAUGAAAUCCCCGGAGUGAAGAUCUUGACCUACAACGGACCUAUCUACUACGGCAACCGCAGUUUCUUUAAAGCAGAUGUGAACCAGCUGCUGGGACUCACCCCGGAGCGCAUCCGCAGCCGAGAGAAGGCCAGGAAAGCCCUGGAAAAGAGAGAGAGAGAGGCCAUCAACACUGUGGAAAGAGGAGUAGCCAACACGUCGUUUUCCUCUGAGAAUGAGUUUUUCAAAUCAGAAAUGUCAGAGAAUGAGGUGCAGGCAGUUCUGAUGGACUGCAGCGGUGUGGUUUUUGUAGAUGUUGCAGGAGCCAAGCUGUUCAUACAGAUGUGUAUUGAGUGUCAGAAGAUGGGAGUAAGGAUAUACUUGGCAAACUGUAAUGAGAAUGUGCUGAAGAUUCUCACAUCGAGUGGCCUGAUGAACUACAUGAACCCACAGCACAUCUUCGUCACAGUCCAUGAUGCUGUUAUCUACAUUGAGCAGCAGAGGGAGAAGCCAUCAGAAAACGCCACGAUUUGGGUGUGAAUCGCUGAACCUUCACUGAAGUCAUUCAGAUGUCUUUUAUUUGUAAAAGUUGGACACACAAAUGGACAUGGUUGGUCUAAGAGCUUCAGAUUUCAGAAGAUCUGUAACUACAAAUAACUACAUUUUAGAGGGAGGAAAAUGCCUGAAGCCCCGCCUACUUAUCUUACAUUUUAUAAAAUAGAAAAAUAGGAUCCCUACCUUGCUCACAUGUUUAUGAUGAGUCUUCGUGACCCUCCACCACAGCGUUUAAUACCUUUAACUCCAUCAUCUCUCUUUCCUAACUCUCUUUCCUAUCAGAGAAGGGAGGACUGGCUUCAUCUGUUCAUCUGGGAGCUACACUAGGUUUGCACUAUUGUUCUGUAUGAAGCACAAAACAAGCAUGGACACACAGAUGAUCACCACUCUAUGUGCUUGUGGUUUUUAAUUUUUAUUUUAGUCUAAUUUCAUAUUUAGUCUUAUUUUACUUAUUUUAAUGUUUUUGUUUUUGAUGUUUGAAUGCUGGAAAAAAGACUCUUAGAAGUAUUUAUUUAUUUCAUUUUGUUAAUACUUUUUAUUUGUACUUGCUUAUAAAUAUGUGUUUUAAUAUGUCCUAAAAAAAAGAUGCACUGAAUGGCCAAAAUGUUUUUCAACAGAAAUAAAGUUCUUUUACUUGUAACUAUAUGAAAUAUGAAAGCAAUAUUCCUAAUUCAGCAUUAAUUAAUCCAGUUGUUAAAUCAUAAAGAAAGCAUAUAGUAAUGAAACAGAAAUUAAUAGAAAACCAUUAUCAGUUAAUUGUAAAUAUUUUAUAAUUUCCUUUUCUUUGUUUAAAUAAGAC